UGGAGUGGGUUGGGGCCGUUCGGGCGUGCUGUCUCGACUCUCGACUAACCGAGAGGUGGAAGACGACGCCCUCCAGGCAGCAGAGCAGGAGGGGAGGGGAAGGAGGAUGACGAUCCGGUUCGUGCUGUUCGUGAACAAGCAGGGCCAGACGCGGCUGGCGCAGUACUACGAGCACCUCUCCCUCGACGAGCGCCGCGCCCUCGAGGGUGAGAUCGUCCGCAAGUGCCUCGCCCGCACCGACCAGCAGUGCUCGUUCGUGGAGCACCGGAACUACAAGGUCGUCUACAGGCGCUACGCGUCCCUCUUCUUCCUCGUCGGCGUCGACAACGAUGAGAAUGAGUUAGCUAUCCUUGAAUUCAUACAUCUUUUGGUGGAAACUAUGGAUCGCCACUUUGGCAAUGUGUGCGAGCUUGAUAUAAUGUUCCACCUGGAGAAGGUGCACUUCAUGCUGGAAGAGAUGGUGAUGAAUGGUUGCAUUGUGGAGACAAGUAAACAGAACAUCUUGGCACCAAUCCAACUCAUGGAGAAAGCCUCUUAAAAUAGUGAUCUUGAUCUGUCUAAUUUCCCAUCCUCAGGCUUCUUAGCACCUUUGCUUGUCCCCUUUCAUAGAUUUCCCCUCUGUAUGCGAAGAGCUAACAAUCUCUGUAAGCAUGAUUUACUGAAUUGACCUGAUUGCAACCUACCGAUAUUUUGUGAUCUUCUGCAUAGUUGUCAUCACAUUGCACGUGUACAAAAGUAUUUGGAUUUCAAGAAAUGAAAUAACAACGACUGAUUUAUCAUGACAA